AUGGGGACAGUUUCCGAUGCCACCUUAGGAGGAGGAGUACAGAUUCAGAUCAUCUACUUCAAUUUAGAAACCGUACAGGUGACAUGGAAUGCCAGCAAAUACUCCAGGACCAACCUGACUUUCCAGUACAGAUUCAACGGUGAUGAGGCCUAUGACCAGUGGACCAACUACGUUCUCCAGGAAGGUCACACUUCGGGGUGCCUCCUAGACGCAGCGCAGCAAGACGGCAUUCUCUAUUUCUCCAUCAGGAAUGGGACGCACCCCGUUUUCACCGCAAGUCGCUGGAUCGUUUAUUACCUGAAACCCAGUUUCCCGAAACACGUGAGCUUUUCGUGGCAUCAGGACGCGGUGACGGUGACGUGUUCUGACCUGUCCUACGGGGAUCUCCUCUAUGAGGUUCAGUACCGGAGCCCCUUCAACAUGGAGUGGCAGUCCAAACAGGAAAAUACCUGCAAUGUCACCAUAGAAGGCUCAGAUGCCGAGAAGAGUUACUCCUUCCGGGUCAGGGUGAAGGGUAUGGAGGAUGCAUAUGGGCCAGACACAUACCCAAGCGACUGGUCAGAGGUGACGUGCUGGCAGAGGCGAGAUUCGCUGCCUUUUUGUUUUGUUUCAGAUUGCUGCGCAGAGACACCAAUGCCUCCCAAACCAAAGCUGUCCAAAUUUAUUUUAAUUUCCAGCCUGGCCAUCCUUCUGAUGGUGUCUCUCCUCCUUCUGUCUUUAUGGAAAUUAUGGAGGUAA